AUGAAGACCAGCCUCUUCUUCGUGUUCCUUUGGGGCUUGUCCUGUGCUCUUCCAGUAACCAGGUAUCAAACCCCUGAAUCUGAAAGCUCUGAAGAAUGGAAGGGGAGCAGUGAGUCAUCAGAUGAAAGUAAAGUUAGCUCAGAGGACCAGGCAAAUGAAGACCCCAGUGACAGCACUGAGUCAGAGGAGGGCCUGGACCCUGAUGGCCGUCAGUACACUCAUAGACCAGCGGGUGGCCUCUCCAGGAGUGGUGGAAAAGGAGAUUAUAAAGAUGAGGAGGAGGAUGACAGUGGAGAUGACACUUUCGCUGAUGAGGACAAUGGCAUUGGCCCUGACGAGGGACAAGAUGGAGGAAACAUCAGACUUGAAAGUGAUGAAAACUCUUCAGACGCCACACAAUCCAGUGAAGACAGCACUCUCCAAGCGGAUGAAAGUGCCCAAGACUCAACUCGUGAGAGUGACAGUGAGGAGCACUGGAUGGGAGGUGGCAGUGAGGGGGACAGUAGCCAUGGGGAUGGCUCCGAGUUUGAUGAUGAAGGGAUGCAGAGUGAUGACCCAGACAGCAUCAGGAGUGACAGGAACCUUUCUAAAAUGAUUGGUGCUAAUCUCAAAUCAAAAGAAUCCAAAACAAAUAUUCAGGACUCACAUGGCAGCCAAUCUGUGGAGUAUCCUAAGAGAAAAUUUUUCAGAAAGUCCCACAUUUCUCAAGAAGAUGACAGAAUAGAGCUUGAGGACAGCAACACGAUGGAAGAUGUUCAGAGUGACUCCACAGAAAAUAGCAGCUCCAAGGAUGUUGACCUCAGCCCAUCCAGAGAAAAUAGCGACUCUCAAGAAGACAGCAAGGAGAGUGAAUCUCAGGAAGACAGCCAAAAUGGCCAAGACCUCAGCAGUGAAUCUAGUCAAGAAGGUGACCUCCCAUCUCAAGAAAACAGUAGUGAAUCUCAGGAAGAUGGAGUGAGUGAGUCCAGGGGUGAUAACCCAGAUGAAAACACCAGCAACCAUUCAGAAGAUGACCAGGAAGACAGUGACUCCAGUGAAGAAGACAAACCCUCCCAUUCAGAAAGUGAAUCCAGAGAGGAACAAGCUGACAGUGACUCCAAUGAAAGCCUGAGAUCCUCUGAGGAAAGCCCAGAGUCCACAGAAGAUGAGAACAGCUCCAGCCAGGAGAGUCUCCAAUCACAGAGUGCCUCCACAGAGAGCCAGAGUGACGAAAGCCAGUCUGAGGAGGACAGCCAGUCGACAGAAGAUGACAACAGUGAUUCUCAGGACAGUAGUAGAUCAAAAGAAGACAGCAACUCUACUGAGAGCACAUCGAGCAGUGAGGAAGACGGCCAAACCAGAAACCUUGAGAUAGAAAGCAGAAAAUUAACAGUGGAUGCUUAUCACAACAAACCCAGAGGAGACCAAGAUGACAAUGACUGCCAAGAUGGCUAUUAA